AUGAAAGCGCUUAUAGAAAAGGAUAAACAAAAGAAAGAGGCCCAGCAGCUGUUGAAAUUGCGAUGCGAUCCGUUUUCAGAUCCUGGCUAUGAAGUGAAACGUUCUGAACUCAAACAGGAAUUGAUAGAGGCAAUCCAAAAAUAUCGAACUGUAUGGUCGGUCCAUGAUAGAUUUGCCCCGGACAGAUCUCCUGAAGUGAUAUAUGGGUUCAUGAAAACAUUUCUUACCGAAGAGCUGAUGAAAGAGAUGCAUGUGGAGUGCCGAAAACACGUGGAUGAUUUGAUGAGAUUAGAUUUGAAAUUAUUAAUAAGUAUGCAACAGUUGAUGUAUAAGCGAGUCGGCUGGAAGUACCCUAAGAUGACACCGAGAAAGAAACCCAAAGUGCCACAGAUACCAAAACCGUUGUUGAUGGAUAGCACAAUGUUUAAGGAGUUUGAGCCGCUCUUCGACAUGGGAAUCGUAACAAAGCCAACGGUAAAAUUGAAAGAGGUCUACGGUGAUUUAAACUAUGCCGCUUACGAUAUGAACAUUCGAGAUCCAGAUGUAUCUUUCCCUCUGCCCGGCUAUGGAGAUGUCAAGAGACGUAUCACAUAUUCCUGUAUUUACGGCAUUGGUCUGAACCCUGGAGCUACCAGGUUAAAGGCGGUAUUGCUGUUGGGUCCACCGAGAAACGGAAAGUCGUUCUUGGUUGAUGCUGCUGCAGGAGAAUUGAAUGCCGUUAAAUUCGAUAUAACUCCAGAAAUGUUCAGUGCACAAAUUGCUGAUAAGCCAGCCAAGUUACUAGGAAAAGUGUUUGUGGCUGCUAGAGCAUUCCAACCCUCUGUUAUAUUUUUAAGAAACAUCGAGAAAGUUUUUGCUAAAAAGAUACUGCCAGAAGAUAAAUAUUUAAACGCUAAUCAAAUGAAAGUACCUUUAGCUAAACUAGUAAAGAGUAUUUCUAAUGAAGAUAAGGAUUACCAGCAGUUCAUCGAGUUCUUUCUAGACAGCAAUCCCACUCUAAAGAAGGAGAGGGAAGAGUAUGACGUCAUCAACAAAUACAGAGAGGUCAUGUACCAAAAAAUGGCCGCUAAAAAGAAGAAAAAGAAGGUUGAAUAG